AUGAGCCCUCAGGUAUCUUUCACCAAGAAGCGCCGCUGGUCUCCUCGGAUGGAGGACCAAUAUAUACUGGCGAAUGCGAAAAAGAAUAUCUCUAGCCUCCAUACGUUCACUUUUAAUUUCUUGAAGAAUAAGGCCUCACCGAGAACCAAAUACAGAACUUCUCAGGUUGAGAUUCAACAUUCCGACGAAGAGAGGAUUGCCUCUAUGCUUGCAAACGCGACGCAUACCCAAUUGGAUCUCCAUAAACAGUCCGACUCUGACGGAGAUCAAGGUCGCCCUCUGAGCUCAUUGUCUAGCAACAUAAGCUCAAGAAGAAGCAUUCACGGCAGCUCCAGCCCCCCAAUCACCCCGCUUCUUGUCCAUUCUGAACUAGAUCUUUCAACCACCGAGCCAUUUCCAGACUACUACGAGUCAUGCGAGCAGAAUCCGGCGGUCAUCGACAAGGACCUCGAGGAGGCAUAUAAUAAUGCUAUCGCAAAGGUGUUCGAAGAGUCCGUGCGAAUGAGAAACCUUGGUGCCGGUAUCCCUGUUACAGUCUCCCCUCUUGCAACUCACGUUGCUGUCCUUGAUACUACUGUUCGCAGCCAGUCUAAUACGGCACCAACCCCUAUCUCUCAAAUCUCGCCUGCCACAUCUGUCCGUGCCGACUUCGACAAGGGCGCAUCCAUGACUUCUACCUCUCAGGCCUGGGUCUCCCUUGACGACACUGGCGCCCAUCCCAACAAAGUUUCUAAUCGGAUGCCCGCCAUAUCCAAUGAUGUUUCUAUUCAAGAUGUCGCUUCUGGAGCAGGCCCCAUAUCCACCAUUGUGCCUCAAUUUAUAGCGGAUAGGAAGGCCAAUAUCCAAUCCAAACAUAUCCUUUCCGGUUCAUCGUCUUCUGCCAGUAAUGACUCAUCGGAAAGGGCUCUGAGCCAACCAUCUCCGGUUGUAUCUGUGUCACACAUCAUCUCUGGUACUAGUGAUACCAGGACUCGCGAUGAGCAGAACAACCAAUACUGUGAACUGAGCUUCCACUCCUCUCAGCAUACCCUGCCUGGGGCUAUUGGCAGUCAUAACGUAGCUCAGGCUUACUUCUCUUCGCUGCAGGCCUCCAUGCCACUCCCUGGAAGCACUUGUAGCAGCCAGGUGUCCAGGAGGACGCUCUCCAUUGAUGAAAUGGCUAUGCCAGAUGAGCAUCCCACCCCAAACUUUCAACCUCCUAUCGGAACGGGAAGGCCUCUACCUGGCACUACACCAAAGCCUACUCGUAACCCACAGAUGCAGCGUCGCCUUCAUGAAGCUGAAGAGCGAAAGCUUAACAUCCUCGAAGAGAUGAGGAUCAUACUUCGUGCAGACCACAUGAAGGAAGACAUUCAAAGACGCUUUACUGUCAUGACCAACAUUAUCCUCCGCAUGGAGUGGAUUCUUUUCCGUCGUGACGUGAAGCCCGACGGUACUCGCGCUAAGGAAUUUCUCGCUGCUCCCGUCGUCGGAGAGGUCCAAGAGCUGGCGAUUCCAAUGGUUCAAUAUAUUGCCUGGCUUGACAAAAAGCUAGAGAGUGAGCUCAGCAUCUCACAGCAGGUCCUCCAUUGGAUCAUACAGAUCGCAAAGGAUCAGGAUCUCAACGUUUAUCAGCGUUUUAGACAGACGGCCCGGGUUAUCAUCGGAAGCCUCCGAAAGCCACGCCUGCUGGAAAAACACCUCUUGGAUGUCUUCCAAGAUCUGUAUGACACGUACGUGUACAGCGACUUCCUCAAUAUCCGCAAUCGACAAAUUCUCCGCGAAGAAGGGCUUCACAUCGAGCGUGACAAUCUCGCCCGCCUCUUAAUUGCAGGCUGGGACGUUCUGAGCCGCGCCAUCGAGAACUACAACGAGAUCAUCACUAUCAACCUCGAUCUUAAAAGCCGCUUCGUCGAUCCAAUCAUGGAUCGGCUGCCUCGUUCGUAUGAGAUCUGGGAGGGAGAGUGGAAGGAGCACCAGCGGCAGUGCGAAAUCUAG